AUUAGAACGUUGUCUGGCCGUUGAUGGGAGCUUUUAGUUAUGAGUUUAUGACGCAAGCCAAAAAUUGUACGGUCACCGAAUGACCUUUUGUAGAUUUUUUCUCACUCUCUCUCGUUUCUAAGCUGCAACCUGGACGCGACACCAAAGCAAAAAAAGAAAAAAAAAAAACAAAAACGAAGCGCAAAGAAAAGAAAAGAACAGAAAAGAAAAGACCAAGAGAGAAAAAGUUUUCAUCUGAUUUUGAAAACCAUAAAGUAACAACAAAAAAAUCAAGACACCCGAUUUUUUCGCUUUCUGACCCCAUCUUGCAAAAGAAUUUCCAACAAGGUUUCUGCUGUUUCUGUUAUCAAUUAUAGUGGUUUUUUUGUUUUGGUCUGAUCUACAAAAAGGGAGAGAACAACAGGACUUUUUGGAGGAUUUAAAAUUUUGGGUUUUGUUUUUUGGUUGGAUUAGGUUUUGUUAGUUUUUUUUUCCUUAGGUUUGGGAAAUUAUGAGAACUUCAUGGGCAGAUUCUGUAGCAAACUCUGCAUCUGAAAUUGGAGUUUCAGAUAACAAUUCCUUUCCUCGUCCAACUCGAUCCACUUAUGUCCCACCCCACCUUCGUAACCGUCCAGCCUCCGUCGCACCUAACCCGUCAGGUCCGGUUACUGAGAAGGCAAGUUUUAGCGGGACCGCUGGUGGGUCCCAGUGGUCACGUUGGAGCGGCGGCGGCGGGACAAAGCCUGAAAUCGGGCGUCCAGGUCAGGGGUAUGGUUAUGCUGGAGCUGGACAAGGUGGCAGCGGCGGUGGUUGGAAUAAUAGAAGUGGAGGUUGGAAUAGGAGAGAAAGGGAAGUGAAUCCAUUUGGUGAUGAAGGUGAAGUUGACGAUACAGAACAAGCUUUUAGUGAACAAGAGCAUACGGGGAUCAAUUUCGAUGCUUAUGAGGAUAUUCCGGUGGAAACUAGUGGUGAAAAUGUGCCGCCACCUGUAAAUACAUUUGUUGAGAUAGAUUUAGGUGAACUGUUGAAUCAAAACAUUAGGAGGUGUAAGUAUGUUAAACCGACUCCAGUUCAACGCCACGCGAUCCCUAUAGCAUUAGGAGGAAGAGAUUUGAUGGCUUGUGCUCAAACUGGGUCAGGGAAGACAGCUGCUUUUUGCUUUCCAAUUAUUAGUGGAAUUAUGCGGGAGCAGUAUGUACAGAGACUGCGUGUAGCACGAACUGUUUACCCUCUUGCACUCAUUCUAUCUCCCACUAGGGAGCUUUCUUGUCAGAUACACGAGGAGGCCAAAAAGUUCUCGUAUCAAACUGGUGUCAAGGUGGCAGUUGCCUAUGGAGGAGCACCAAUUAACCAACAGUUGCGAGAGCUGGAGAGAGGAGUUGAUAUUCUUGUGGCAACUCCUGGGCGAUUGGUUGAUUUGCUAGAGAGGGCUAGAGUGUCAUUGCAGAUGAUUAGGUACUUGGCCCUUGAUGAGGCAGAUCGCAUGCUUGAUAUGGGUUUUGAGCCACAAAUCAGAAAGAUUGUUGAACAAACGGACAUGCCUAAUCGGGGUGUUAGACAGACAAUGUUGUUUAGUGCCACUUUUCCAAGAGAGAUACAGAGACUUGCAUCUGAUUUUCUUUCAAAUUACAUAUUCUUGGCUGUUGGGAGGGUUGGGUCAAGUACUGAUUUGAUUUUUCAAAGGGUUGAAUUUGUUCACGAGUCUGAUAAGAGAAGCCAUCUCAUGGAUCUUCUGCAUGCGCAGAAGGAAAAUGGAGUUCAUGUCAAGCAAGCUUUGACAUUAGUUUUUGUGGAGACUAAAAAAGGAGCUGACUCAUUGGAACAUUGGUUGUGCAUUAAUGGAUUCCCAGCAACGACCAUCCAUGGUGAUAGGACUCAACAGGAAAGGGAACUAGCAUUGAGAUCUUUCAAGAGUGGAAAGACCCCAAUUUUAGUAGCUACUGAUGUGGCUGCUCGUGGUCUUGAUAUACCCCAUGUAGCUCACGUGAUCAACUUUGAUCUUCCUAAUGACAUUGAUGAUUAUGUCCAUCGGAUUGGAAGGACGGGGCGAGCUGGUAAAACAGGGUUGGCUACAGCUUUCUUUAAUGAGAGCAAUUUGUCCCUGGCAAGGCCACUUGCUGAGCUAAUGCAAGAAGCAAAUCAAGACGUACCUCCAUGGCUCACCCGUUAUGCAUCCCGGGCUCCUUAUGGUGGUAACAAAAAUCGACGAUCUGGAGGAGGGCGUUUUGGUGGGCGUGAUUUCAGAAGAGAGGGUUCAUUCAGUAGGAAUCUGGAUUACUACGGUGGAGGGAAUAGCGGUAGUGCAUAUGGGGUUGCUGGCAAUUAUGGUGGAGGGUAUGCUCCAGGUGUGACAAGUGCUUGGGAUUAGGUCCCACUUUAUACUGGAUUAAUUUUUUCAUGUUUUUCUUGAGUAUAUAUAUUUUCCAUCAGAUUUAAUUCCAGGAUUAUUCUGUCUCCAUUGUCACUAUUUCCAUUUGCAUCUGGGUUCUA